GUUCGGUGGCGGCCAGUGAUGCAGAGACGUACCGAGGAAACGGAACUCUUUUUCCUCAUUGGACACUGUCCGCGACACGCUUCUGCGCAGUCUGUGGUGGCGUCGUAAAGCCUCGGGGAAGGGGAAGCCGGCGAAGGGUUGAACCGCUGCCUCUGGCUUUCAGUUUUUCUGCUGACAGGGUUGGGUCACUGGAGCUCCGCCGUUUGUCUGUGGCACGCGUACAGCCUUCCCAAUUGCUUCCCCGCCCUUGGAUCCAGCCCUGUGUGCAUUAACGUCUAUUAACCCACUCCGCCGCGAGUCCCCUCCGCGUCCCCUGGCACGGAGGCCGUAACUAUGGAGAAUAUGGCGGAGGAGGAGCUGCUACCCCAGGAGAAGGAGGAGGCCCAGGUCAGGGUCCCGACCCCGGCCCCGGAUUCGGCUCCGGUCCCUGCUCCGGCCGCAGAUACGGCUCUGGACUCGGCUCCGACGCCGGACUCGGAUCCAGCCCCAGCCCUUGCCCCGGCCCCGGCCCCGGCUCCGGCCCUGUCCCCGUCCCUAGCCUCUGUCCCCGAGGAGGCUGAAAGCAAGAGACACAUCUCAAUUCAAAGGCGGCUUGCUGAUCUGGAGAAGUUAGCUUUUGGGACUGAAGGAGAUGUUGACUCUGCUGGUUCAUUGAACUCAGAUAAUCCAGGCACAGAAAACAGCCAAACUUGCCCACUGUGUCCUAAGGAAAAGUUCAGAGCUUUUAGUAGUCACAAGCUUCGUCGACACCUUCAGAAUUUACACUGGAAAAUCUCAGUUGAAUUUGAAGGAUACAGGAUGUGCAUCUGUCACUUAGCCUGCCGGCCAGUGAAACCAACCAUCGUUGGAAAACAGAUAUCCAGUAAACUGGGCGCCCAUUAUCACUGCAUCAUUUGUUCAGCAACAAUCACCAGGAGGACUGACAUGCUAGGGCAUGUUAAGCGCCAUGUCAACAAAGGAGAAACUAAAUCCAGGUACAUUGCUGCUUCUACUGCCAAAUCAUCUAAUGAAAUUUUGAAGGAGACAGACACAGAUAUACAAGUUUUUCCUAACUACUCUAUACCUCAGAAAACAGACUCAUAUUUUAAUCCCAAAAUGAAGCUAAAUCGUCAGAUAAUAUUCUGUACAUUGGCUGCUUUGGCUAAGGAACGAAAACCUUUGGAGUGUUUAGAUGCCUUUGGAGCCACUGGAAUAAUGGGAUUACAGUGGGCAAAGCACCUUGGAAAUGCAGUCAAAGUUACAAUUAAUGACUUGAAUGAAAACUCUGUGACUUUGAUUCAGAAAAACUGCCACUUAAACAAGUUGAAAGUGGUGGUGGACAGUGAAGAAAAGGAAGAGGGUGAUGCACUCGAAGACGACGGCACUCUGGGGGACAUCCAGGUGACCAGGAUGGACGCCAAUGUUCUGAUGCACCUGAGAUCUUUUGAUUUUAUACAUCUGGAUCCCUUUGGAACGUCAGUGAACUACCUCGACUCUGCGUUCAGAAAUGUAAGGAACCUUGGCAUAGUGUCAGUGACUUCUACAGACAUCAGCUCCUUAUAUGCCAAGGCACAACAUGUUGCCCGGCGUCACUAUGGAUGUAACAUUGUCCGAACAGAGUAUUACAAGGAGCUAGCGGCCAGAAUUGUCGUAGCUGCAGUGGCAAGAGCUGCAGCACGGUGCAACAAAGGGAUAGAAGUGCUGUUUGCAGUGGCUCUGGAACACUUUGUGUUGGUAGUUGUGAGGGUCUUAAGAGGCCCUACUUCAGCGGACGAGACUGCCAAGAAAAUCCAGUACCUGAUCCACUGCCAGUGGUGUGAAGAGAGGAUUUUUCAGAAGGAUGGAAACAUGGUGGAAGAAAACCCGUACAGACAGCUGCCCUGUAAUUGUCAUGGGAGCAUGCCUGGCAAGACAGCGAUAGAACUCGGGCCUCUGUGGUCAAGUUCCCUUUUCAAUACUGGAUUCCUCAAAAGGAUGCUAUUUGAAUCCAUUCACCAUGGUCUGGAUGACAUCCAACCCCUGAUAAAGACGUUAAUCUUUGAAUCGGAGUGCGCCCCCCAAAGCCAGUGUUCAGCUCAUGCACCUUCAAAUGCCAACAAGCAAGAAGAAAAUGGCGUAUUUGUUAAACCCACCGAUGAUACCACAAUAGAUAUUUACAGUGCACAGGGCAAGAGAAAAAGCAAUGAGAUGACCGUUAACGUAGCCAAAAAGCAGAAGACAGACGCCAGCACGGCCCACCCGCCCUUUUACUACAACAUCCACAGACACAGCAUCAAAGGGAUGAACAUGCCGAAGUUAAAAAAAUUUUUGUGCUAUCUUUCACAAGCAGGCUUUCGAGUAAGCCGAACUCACUUUGACCCAAUGGGCAUCCGUACCGAUGCCCCUCUGAUGCAGUUUAAAUCCAUCCUGCUAAAGUACAGCACCCCCACUUACACUGGAGGACAAUCAGAAGGUCAGAUGCUGCCCGCAUCUGAGGAUACGGUCACCGACAGGGUUGAGAUGUCCGUGAGUGACAAAGCGGAAGCAAGUGGCUGCAGGAGAUGGUGACUUCGAGGGGGUUUCUUCUCAGGGUUCUGUAUGAUGGCCCAAGUCUCCAUACCGCUGCAAUCCUUUUUUAUUCUUUCAAUUUAGUGAUAUGAUAUAAAAAAAAAUUUAAAAAGCACUGUUUUCAUUCAGAAAAUUGGCUGUUUCUGACUUGGCUGAUGUGAGAGCGUUGCUUUUUAAGUUUUUAUUAUUUUAAAGAAAAAAAUUUAAUAAAAACAUUUGAAGCCAAGUUUCUGACUGGGCUCUCAUGA